UUAAAGGAGAGCAGCAGUUUUUUUUAAAGCAUAUUUAAAAAUCUGUAUAUAAUAAUAAUUUAAUUUAAUAGUUAUUGUGUUCGGAUGACAUUUGCCAUGUUUUCUACUAGUGUUAUCAGCUUAACAGUAGUUCUACUACUCAUAUCUAUAGCCAACACACUCAAUGCUUCUACUACCUCAAAAUCUGAUGAUAAAAUUGUGGCAAAUCCUUUGGAAGUUACAAAAUCCUUAAAUUCCUUAGAUAAUAAUAAAUUAACAAACAAAAGCUCUUCAAAGUCAGCCAGUUCUAUAGAUGAAACAAAGUCAUUAUCAAAAAGCUCCAAAAGCUCUAAGAAACCCGAAGAAUCUAAUGAUUAUGAAGAAGACUAUGGCGAUGAAGAGGCUGAUGAAGAUGAAGCUGAAAGUGGGGGUGGUGGUGGUGGUGGACGUAAUAACUCUCGCCAAAGACCCAUACACAUUACAAAAAGAAUAGGCACCACUUAUGCCUGGGGACGUUGGGAGAAAUGGAGUAGAUGCACAAAUUCCUGUGUACAAAUCAGAAAAAGACAGUGCAUUAAAAGAAUACAAAAUGCCACCGACUCUGAUGCCUUGGAAAUCACUUUCUAUCCCGAUUUAGCCGAACAGACCACCGGCUGUUUUGGCAUUAUGAAAAAAUACCGCCUGUGCAAAGAUGAGAAAUGUAAAUUUAGCAAUCGUCAAAUGCGCAAUGAACAAUGUUCGGCCUAUAAUAGACAGCAAUACAAAGGCAAAUUCUAUACAUGGCAGGGCUAUGAAAAGGAACAUAAUGAAUGUGAAUUGUAUUGUAAACCCAUUGAUUCCGAUAUAUUCAUUAGCAUGAAUCAAUCAGUAACAGAUGGGACACCAUGCGAGAAACCAGCCAUUUAUUAUACCCACUACUAUCGUCGCAAGGCGGUAUGUGUGGAGGGUAUUUGCAAGGCGGUACAUAGCACUGGAGCCAUACGCCCGGCCACCACCCGAGAUAGUCAGGAGAAAUGUGGCUCGGUAUUGUGCCGUAAAGUCAGCGAAAUCUUUUCACAAUCUAAAUUAAAUCAUGGCUAUAAUUAUAUUACCAGUUUACCGGCUGGAGCCAUGAAUGUCACCAUUAAACAAAUGGCCAAAAGUAGCAAUUUAAUAGCUAUAAAAACCACCGACGAUAUUUUUAUAAUCAAUGGCAAUAAUAAAGCCUCCGAGGGAGGUAUAUUCCUGUACGAUGAUGAUGUCUAUGACUACAAUAAAGAGGCCAGUUCAAUUGUGGCCAAGGGACCUUUGCGUAAACCAGUUAAACUAAUGCUUUUAGUGCGCACUCUUAAUCCAGGCAUUAGCUAUACCUAUACUUUACCCGUAGCCUCGGCCUCCAUUAGCGAACCGGAAGAGCUGCAAAGCCAAUGGAAUGAACUUGGCAAGCCCUUAGAGGAAAAUACACGUGUCAAAGAAAAGAAACGUAGACGUUUUGCAUGGGCGGUAUUAGGCUUUGGUCCCUGUAGUCGUACCUGUGGCAAUGGUGUGAGUUUGCCGAUUUAUCGCUGUAUCGAAGCAUCUACCAAACGCUAUUAUUCACCCAAAAGAUGUGCCCUCGUUAAGAAGGAACAAUUUGAUGAGGGUGUUUAUCAUUGUAAUUAUGGCCUAUGUCCUGCCUACUGGCGUCCUUUGGAAUAUGGUGAGUGCGAGUGUUUACCCAGUGUGGCCGAAGGUGUGCGCAGUCGUAAGGUACAAUGUGUACAGGAACAGGCCAGUGGCAUUAUAGAGGAAGUAGAGGAAACAAAGUGUAAAACUGAGAAAUUACCCGAUCUAAAGGAAACCUGUAAUUGCCAUUUAAUGGCCAAAAGAAAGAUUUAUGAACGAAAUCCCGAAAAUCGACCCAAAAUGUAUUCGAGACUUAUAGGCUCACCGGGGGCAGUGAAAAGUGUUUUAGGCAAACGCCAUUUAAAUUCAUCUCUGGCCCCCCCUUUAAGACGCUUCCAUCGUGAUGAUCGUUACGAUAAGACUGGCGUUUGGCUAAUGUCCGACUGGAGUCAACAGUGUUCACAAGACUGUAGCGUCAACUAUGAACAUCGUACCAUUUACUGUGAUCGCACCGCUCCCUAUACGGAUCUGUGUGAUGCUCGUUUGACACCCGAACAAAAACGUUCAUGUUCUACACGUUCAUGCCGCAGAGGAUCAUGGUUUACGGCCGACUGGUCCAAUUGUACCGGAGAAUGUUUUAAUAUGCAACGUACCCGCAUGGUUCUGUGCAUUAUGGAUGGCUAUGUGGUGGAUGCAGCACAAUGCUCGUCGGAAACGAAACCUUUGGAGGUGGAAAAUUGUACUCGUCAUGAUGCGGAGUUUUGUGGACCAAAGUGGCAUUAUUCAGAGUGGUCAGAGUGCUCCCGCACCUGUGGCGAGGGCGUUCAGCGUCGCUACGCCAAAUGUCUCGAAUUUGAUUGGAAACAAAAUGCGAUGAUCGAAUCGAAUAAAUGUAAAUAUUUGGAAAGAGAGCCCGUCUACGGUGCCUGUAGUCUGGCCAAAUGUGAAGAAUUGAAAAUGCAGCAGCAUAACCGUACUACUGCGUCUGCUGCAUCAUCUGCCAACGACGACUAUCGUAGUUAUGGCAUGGAUGCGGAUGAUAAUAUGGGUGGUGAUGUUGCUGGUGUUGGAGUUAGUAAACAUAUAGUUCAUAGAGAUUUGGCAGCUGGCAAAGAGAAAUUGGUAAUAGCAGCGGCGCCACAAAGCCUACAAAAUUGUAAUGAUGAGUUAAAUAAUUGUAAACGUAUUAAUCGCGAACGCCUGUGUAAAUUGGAGUUUUAUAAAACAUAUUGUUGUCUAACGUGCCAUGGUUAUCAUUAGGAAAUAUGAGAGUAUUGGAAAUGGAAAAGGAAUAGAAAAUAUAAUAAAAAUAGGAAGAAAAGUUACCAAAGAGUAAUUAAUUAAAAAUUCUUUUGUUAAACUUUCAAAAUCUAUUUGCUUACUAAUUUGUUACUUUUUGUAAAAGUACUUUUAACUCAAAAGUACUAAUUUUAUUUAAGUUUACAUUUAUCCUAAAAACUUAGAGCUAAAAUACUCCCAUAUUGUAGGAAUCUGCUGCCCCUUCUGUACUCAAUAAGUACUUUUACGUAUCUGUUUACUUAAGUUAAUAUGGCGCCUUUUCUUUCCCCCUUUUUAAUACAAUUGUUUCUUACCUUUAAUGGUUGUUUUGGAAGUGUAAAAUGUGCUACAUUUUCGCCUGAUAUUUAUGUGUCAAAAUUCCAAAUUUAUUUUUUAUCAAACGUGCCCGGAAUUUCCAUAUUUCUUGCUUUUCUAUUCAUCCAUUACUUGAAUCAUUUAGUUAUGAUUUUUUUUCUAUACAUAAAAUUAAUUUUAAAUAGCUUAAGUCCAAACAUUAUAUCUGUUUCUUUUGUAAUAGUAAUUUGAUUCCAAAGUUUAUGCGUUAAUCAAUAUUCAAAACAUUUAUGAUUUAUGUGUUUUAGACAAACAUUAUGAAAAUCAUGUUUAAAUUUAAAAUUACCUUUUUAUUAUUAUUAUUAUUAUAAAUGACUCAUAUUUAUUGCCAAUUUUAUUAUUAAUAAAUAUUAUGAUUAUUAUUUGUAUAAAACAA